AUGGCAAAUACCGAUGUGGACAAUGUGUUAAAAGACGUGGGUGAUCUCGACAACGUUUUGUUCCAGAAGCCUCAACAGAGAUUACAGCAUGAACUCGGAGCAUUCGUUCAAGCUUUCGACGACAACUGUCACAGCAAGAUCAAUCCCGAAACGCUCGCCAGUCAUUAUGUUCAGCUUGUACAAAGUGUUCAACAACUGGAGCAAGCCAAGCAAUGCCACUUUGACUUUGAAGAGAUAUCAAACCAAGCCAGCACUACAAAGGAACGUUUAGCAGCUCUUCAGGAUAUCAUCACACAGACGGAACACUCACCGGAAACCGAUGAACUUGACGUGCAACGGCAAGAGUUUCUGAAAAUGUUGGAACAGAAACAAAAGAAAGACCUUCAGCGUUGGCAAAUGGAAAAGGACAAACUAGAAGAAUAUUAUACCAAGAAAACACGAGAAUCAACCUAUCGAAAUUUGGUGGGCUCCAAUGCAUGGUCGUAA